AUAAAUCUCCAACUUUCUGGUGUUGACGGAUCUUGUCACUGCCCCGUCCCCUUAAAAAUCCUCCACUUCUAAUUCUCACUCUACCCCUCUCUCUCUCUCUAUGGAGCUGGUCGGUUUCAUCUCCCAACGAUAACCCAAAAAAAAGGCCCCACAAAUUUCAGAUUCCUCUUUAAAUCCAAAAAGAUUAAAUCGAAAACCCUAAAUCUCCUCGAAUCCGAUCUCAAAAGCCUCCAUUUUAAUUUCCCCCAUAUUUUUUUACUCUCCUUACUCAAAAUCAAAUCUGUCAUGGCCUUUAUCUGAUCAUAAUCGAAUUUUAGUGGAUUUUGAGAGUGAAGUGAGUGAGACAUGAAGCGAGCGUUGGAAUUCGGGUUGGAGAGUUCACUCGGUCCAACUCGGGAGUCGGUGACUCAGUCUCAAACUCAGGCGAGUUCUAGUACUAGCUUUAAAAGAGUUAAAGGUACUCAAGUGAAUGGUUACAUUGUUUACACUCGAGUUAAAAAGUCAAGAAUUAAUUGCCGUGAUGAGCUUUCCGAAAAUUUAGAAAACAAAAAGCCCGAGCAAUUUAAUACACCGAUAAAUGCUGUUAAAGAGUCUUUAAUUGACGAGGAUCAGAAGAAUAAAACUUUGAUUGAAGCAAGUGAUGUGAACAAUAAUGUGAUUGAAGGUGUAAUUCGAGGUAGACUGGGAAAUGAAAAUGUAUCACGGGAUAAUAUCAUAGUAGAAAAUGUGGUUGAUGAGAGCUUAGUUGUUCGAGAUAUUGUUGAAGGGGGUCUACUUGUAGAGGCUUCGAUUGAUGAGAGCCAUAUUAUUGGAGAAAAUGCCAUUGUAGGGAACUUAGUAGUUGAGGAAAUCAGAAUAGAUGGUGGGCCUGUUGUUCAAUCUAGGUUUCAUGAAGUGUCGAGUUAUAAUUUGGCAAUGGUCAUGUCAAAAGAGGAGUCAAUGAAUGAGCUGGAGAUGUGUCUGGUUCAGAAAGGAGGUUUUAGAGGAUCUUCGAUGCAGAUUGUUGACAGUAGUGAUGCUAAUAAUGAUGAUUUACUCUUGAAGGCCCUGAGGCAGUCUAAACAAUCGAUCUUGAGACCAAAGGUUGAAGCAGUAGAAAGUUUGGAGAGCAAACAGCAGACUGUUGAAAAAGUGUUAGCAUCAAAUUUUAAUGGAGAGGAAGCAGCUGAAGGAAGUGGAUUGACGACUCCAAGGAAGAAUUUAGAGUUGAAAAUGUCAAAAAAGAUAGCCCUUAAUAAGUGCCCAAUGACAGUUAAAGAGCUCUUUGACACUGGUUUACUCGAUGGGGUGCCAGUGGUUUACAUGGGUACAAUAAGUAGUAAGACAGCUGGUCUUCGGGGCAUCAUUGCAGAUGGAGGAAUUUUGUGUUCGUGUUCCUUGUGCAAGGGGCGCAGAGUUGUUCCACCUUCCCAAUUCGAGAUUCAUGCUUGUAAACAAUACAAACGUGCAGCACAAUAUAUCUGCUUUGAAAAUGGAAAGAGCCUCCUUGAGGUGUUGAGGGCAUGCAGGAGAAGACCUCUGCAUACCUUAGAAGCAACAAUUCAAAAUAUCCUUAGUGCUUUACCUGAGCAAAAAUUUUUUACUUGCAGAAGAUGCAAAGGUUCAUUUCCAGUAAUACAUGUUGGCCAAAUAGGGCCGCUUUGUAAUUCAUGUGUGGAGUCAAAGAAAUCUCAGUGCAGCACUAUGAGUGCACCCAGUGCUGGAGCUAGAUCACAUUCCCUUGGAACUGCUUCAAUGGGUAUCUUUCCACAGUCCACAAGUCAAUGGAAGAUAACGAGGAAAUCACAAGAACCAGUUUUGAUGUCGCAGUCCUUUGGAAGUGCAUCAUUGGGUAUCUCUCCACAAAAUAAAAGUCAAUGGAAGAAAGCAAGCAAGUCAACAGAGCUUGAUUUGACAUCAAAUUCACCACCAUAUUCUUCAUUAUCUAUUUCUUCACAAAAUAGAACUCCAUGGAAGACCAGAAAGUUAACAAAACCAGGGUUAUUUGCGAAGUCCUUGAAGAGUGCUUCAGUGCAUAUUUCCUCACAAGAUAAGGGCGAAUGGAGAAUAAAAAAGAAGCCUUUGAAACCUGUUUUGUUGUCAAAGACCUUCAAAGAUUCCUCAUCGCCAAUGUAUUCACCCAUUGGAAGUCAAUGGAAGAUGACAACAAAAGAUCAGCGAUUGCAUAAGUUGGUAUUUGAAGAAGAUGGACUGCCUGAUGGAACUGAAGUUGCAUAUUAUGCCCGUGGACAGAGAUUGCUUGAGGGUUACAAAAAGGGCUUUGGGAUAAUUUGUCGUUGUUGCAAUUGUGAGGUUAGCCCCUCACAGUUUGAAUCUCAUGCUGGUUGGGCUUCUCGUCGAAAACCCUAUGCAUACAUUUACACAUCUAAUGGGGUGUCUUUGCAUGAAUUGGCAAUAUCUCUCUCAAAAGGUCGUCGUUAUUCUGCCAAGGAUAAUGAUGAUGUAUGCAUCAUUUGUGCAGAUGGUGGAGAUCUUUUGCUUUGUGAUGGAUGCCCAAGGGCCUUCCAUAAAGAAUGUGCAUCUCUACCAACAAUUCCCCGUGGUCGCUGGUACUGCAAAUAUUGUCAGAACAUGUUUAUGAAAGAAAAGUGUAUGGAGCGUAAUGCUAAUGCUGUAGCUGCUGGAAGGAUUUUAGGAGUUGAUGCUAUAGAACAAAUAACCAGCAGAUGCAUACGUAUUGUGAAAAACAUUGAGGCAGAACUUAGUGGAUGCGCAUUAUGCAGGGCAUGUGAUUUUAGCAAAUCAGGAUUUGGUCCUCGGACAAUUAUACUGUGUGAUCAGUGUGAGAAAGAAUUUCAUAUUGGCUGUUUGAGGACUCAUAAAAUGGCUGAUCUAAGGGAAAUACCAAGAGGGAAGUGGUUUUGCUGCUCAGAUUGCAGUAGGAUCCAUUCUACACUGCAGAAGUUGCUCAUUCACGGAGCUGAAAAGCUUCCGGACUCCCUUUUGGAUAUAAUAAAGAAGAAGUAUGUGGAAAAGGGUUUGGAUGCUGAUAUCAAUAUUGAUGUGAGAUGGAGGCUUCUUAGUGGCAAAUUUGCAUCUCCUGAAACUAGAUUGUUGCUUUCUCAAGCAGUUGGAAUUUUCCAUGAAUGUUUCGACCCUAUAGUUGAUGCAACAACUGGGCGGGACCUUAUCCCAUGCAUGGUUUAUGGAAGGAAUUUAAAGGGCCAAGAAUAUGGGGGAAUGUACUGUGCUGUAUUGACAAUCAACUCGUUCGUUGUAUCAGCUGGAAUAAUUAGAGUUUUUGGGCAAGAAAUUGCAGAACUUCCUUUAGUUGCUACAAGCAUUGCUAACCAUGGGAAGGGCUACUUCCAGUUGCUGUUCUCUUGUAUUGAGAAGCUGCUGGCAUUCUUGAGUGUCAAAAACAUUGUGCUUCCGGCAGCUGAAGAAGCAGAAUCAAUCUGGACCGAUAAAUUCGGUUUCAAGAAGUUGACACCAGACCAGCUUAGUGAAUAUAAAAAAUCCUGCUGCCAGAUGGUGAUUUUCAAAGGAACUUUGAUGCUACAGAAAGAAGUUCUUCCCUGUCGAGAUGUUAAUGGUACAGAGCCUACAGAGUUAUGUAACGGAAUGGAAUAAGGGGGAUCUAUUUUUGGAGCGGAAGGAAGUGUAUGUGUGUGUGUGUAUUUUUUUUUUAAUUUAAUUUGUGCAUGUACGUAGAUAUUGAGGUAAAUAAAUGUUUUAUUCUCUGUCACUUUAAGGUCAAGAUAAAAAAGUGAGCUCAAUUUGUGAACUGGAAUGAGCUCCAAUGUGAAGCUGUUAAAAUUUCUAAUCCGACUAUUACCAAACAUUCAGGCACAGGACUUGAAUUUAGCAGAAUAGUGAGUAGGUAUUUGAAAUUACUAGGGUUUAUAUUUCAGUGCUUGGAUUUUUCUGUAAGUGGAUUAGGACUACGGUGGGAUUGCAGUUCGAAGUUUUUUUAUCAAUAACUCGUACCAACAACAGUCUUUUUCCCACAAGGAUUGAGGAAGAACACUGGACAAUGUUCAAAUUUCUUAGCGUGUGAGUGCGUGUGUGUGUAUUUUUUUUUUUUUUUAAUUGCUGAAUAAAUGUCUGAAUGAAAACCAGAAAGCGAGAUACCGACUUAAAUCAGAAAUGGGUAGCCCAUACCAGUGUAUUUGAUUUUAGAAUUACCUAAAAGCAGAGUCAGUGUAGGUUGGCUUGCGGCUUCCACCUUUGUGAUUUAAGAAAUAAUGAUUUCUACAAAUUCCUUGACCAGGAAUUGUCACGCCUCAUCUGCGGUCACAUGAAUCUGAAGCAAAACCAAACACUUGUGUUCUUAGCAUAAAAGAGGCAAGUGAGUUUGUCUCCAACGCUAGGUUAUUAUAUGUGUAGAAAAAGAAUCUCUCUCUGGUUCAUACCUGUAGAGUACUCGGAAAACUCCUGCGUUUAAUCAUAAAGCUCUGGACUCGAGAGACCAUUAGCAGAAAGUCAUGUACAAGUUGCUUAAUAUAGGCGUUUGGCUGAUUGUGCUAAAAUGCUAAAUAUAUGGCCUCAAAUCGAAAAAAUCUUUGUAGUCAUGAUUAUCUUCGGCAUUUCCAUCAUCAUCUCUUGAAUAUAAAUGUGAAGAAGUAUAUGUUACUCAACAUU